GAAGUACACACUUUGCUCCAAGCAGAUCCAAGCGUCCGAUAAUGGAUCGGUCCUCGCCAGAAGCCGUCCGGACUAUGGAAAAGUUCAAUUGGAACGCAACUCCCAGCGUUUUCACCAGCUCUCGACAACCGUUGCCCAGCACACUUACACUGGCCCCCGUGUCUAACAAACCAGUAAACUGCUUGCUCAAGGCCUCCACGUCGGCAAAGGGUCUAGGAUCGGCGGAAUCUAUACGCUUCACAGCCGCCACCACCUCUCGUCGUCUGGAUCUUCUUAUCCUGAAGCGCAAAGAUCCGGUUCCGUGCCUCCAUAUAGCUACGAAGCCUUUCUUUCUCCGCUCUGGACCUGGGAAAAUGGAACUGACCCUCGCUGGUGGGCUUCCGACCUAA